AUGAACAGUUUCAUCUUUUCAAGCGCCGAAAAGGCUCGCUUCGACAACUACAAAGUCUUCACGGUACAAGUGGAGAAUGAGAAUCAACUAGAGGUGUUAUUUGAGAUGGAAAAGACGGCAUUCUCGAGCUAUGACUUUUGGAAGAAUCCCUCGAAAGUCGGCAAUUCCGUUGAUAUUAUGGUUCCGCCGCACAAAUUAUCAGAGUUUGAGGAAAUUAUGCAAUCCCUUCAGUUCUCAACAUCCGUGAAAAUCUUCAAUGUUCAGGAACUCAUUGACAAUGAACAGCCCAAAAUUUCGCCUCGCAACGAUGACUUCACAUGGGACAAAUAUCACACGCUGGAGGAGAUCAACGCAUGGCUGGAUCAGCUCUUGAUAGACUACGCUGGCGUCCUGACUCCCGUGAGUGCUGGAAGUAGUCUCGAAGGACGCCCGAUCAGGGGUGUUUUGCUGUCUUACAAUCCUGGCAAUCCAGCCAUCUUCAUCGAAUCCAACACUCACGCCCGAGAAUGGAUCACUUCAGCCACGGCGACUUAUGUUCUCAACGAGUUCCUGACCUCCACCGAUCCUGACAUCCGUCGCAUUGCCGAGAACUACGAUUGGUACAUCUUCCCCAAUGUGAAUCCCGACGGCUUCGCUUACUCCCACAGGACUAAUCGCAUGUGGCGGAAGACUCGCGCUCGUCACGGCGUGAUUUGCCUGGGAGUGGAUCCGAACAGGAACUGGGCUCACGCAUGGCAAGAUGGAUCGAGUCCUGGCGCGAGCAACGAUGUUUGCUCAGGAACUUAUGCCGGUCCAGCAGCAUUUUCAGAGCCUGAAACCAGAUUACUGGCCGAUUUCGUUCUCCAGCGUAGAGAUCACAUCAAAAUGUACCUAUCCUACCACUCGUACAGCCACCUGCUUCUCUACCCUUGGUCCUACACCUCAGAUCCCGCAGAUCAUUACGACGAUCUCCACCACAUCGGAACUGUGACGGCGGAUCGACUGAAGGAGAGCUACAACACAGAAUACACCGUGCAGAGCUUCUUCGAUCUCUACAUCUCCACCGGCACCAGCAUUGACUGGGCCUACGCCGAGGCCGGAAUCCCACUGAGCUACACUUAUGAGUUCCGCGACAACGGAACCUACGGCUUCAUCCUGCCGGCAGACCAGAUUCUGCCCAACUCCAUUGAGGUUCUGCAGUCGAUGAUUGCUCUGUGUGAUGAGAGCGAGAGAUUGGGCUAUUUGCCUAGACGCGAGUAUAAAAGAGCAGCAUUGGGAAGUGAGCGGCUCCAGUUUAUCCCAGUGGUCAGAAUGAGGAAUCUUCUAGUGUUGGCGAUCGUGCUGCUGGCGGCCUUCUCGAGCGCCGAGAAGGCUCGCUUCGACAACUACAGAGUGUACACAGUGCAGGUGGACAAUGAUGAGCAAUUGCAAGUGUUGUACGAGAUGGAGAAGGCCGCUUUCUCCAGCUAUGACUUCUGGAAGAAUCCCUCCUACAUCGGUCGUCCCGUUGAGGUCAUGGUGCCGCCGCAUAAGUUCUCCGAAUUCGAGGAGAUCAUGGAAUCCCUCCAGUUCCAAACAUCCCUGAAGAUCACCAAUGUUCAAGAACUUGUGGACAAACAACAGCCCGAAAUCACACCCACGAGUGACUUCGACUGGACCAGAUAUCAGACCAUGGAUGAGAUCAACGCCUGGAUGGAUCAAUUGAUUGCCCAAUAUCCCAAUGUUCUCACGCCGCUCAGCUAUGGAAACAGCUACGAAAUGGAACCAAUCAGGGGUGUUUUGGUCUCCCAUCGCGCAGGAAAUCCAGCUGUCUUCAUCGAAGGCAACAUUCACGCCAGAGAAUGGAUUUCCGCUGCCACGACCACCUUCGUCCUCAACGAGCUCCUGACCUCCACCGAUCCGGAGAUCCGUCGUCUGGCCAAUGACUACGAUUGGUACAUCUUCCCCGUCACCAAUCCCGAUGGCUACCGUCACUCGCACAACACCAAUCGCAUGUGGAGGAAGACUCGCUCUCGCCACGGAGUCAUUUGCGUUGGAGCUGAUCCGAACAGAAACUUCGGCUACCAGUGGCAAGAUGGAAGCGGACCUGGAGCCAGUAGCAAUGUCUGCUCUGAGAUCUUCGCCGGUCCAGCGGCAUUCUCUGAGCUGGAAACCGGACAACUCGCCAACUUCGUCCUCCAGCGCAGAGAUCACAUCAAAGUCUAUCUGUCCUUCCACUCCUUCAGUCAGCUUCUUCUCUACCCGUACGCCUACACUUCCACGCCCUCCCAGAACGCUGAUCACCUCCAUCAGAUCGCCCGCGUGGCUGCUGAUCGCCUGCGCGGCAGCUUCGGCACCGAAUACGCCGUGCACAGCAUGAACAGCCUGUACAUCGCCACCGGAACCAGCGCAGACUGGAGUUACGGCGGCGCUGGCAUCACGCUCAGCUACACUUAUGAGUUCCGCGACACUGGCACUCACGGCUUCCUCCUGCCACCAGACCAGAUCAUUCCCAACUCCGUGGAAACUGUGCAGUCGCUGAUUGGCAUGAUGGACGAGGCGGAGCGAUUGGGCUAUUUGUAA